AUGAAAUGUCAGUUUUCAAUUUUCAUACAAGCUGAAGUCACUCUUAUCGUUGCUUCACAAUCAAAAAUUGAAAAGGGACCAACAUCACUAAACGAUAAAUCAAUUAUUGAUUCAAUUCCAGCAACUCCACUUGGCCAACAAGUUCAUAUCGGUCAAACAAUGCAUUACAAAAGCUUAUUUAUCUUAAAAUGGUAUCCAAGCACCAAGCCUUCACUAACUGAGAUUGAGAUGGAGGCUACCUUUAAUGAUUUCGGCGUGGGAAGCAUACAUUUUCUUUGCUUAGCAAAUGCUAACUAUGACAAUGCAAUUGAUAUCAUGACAAAGUCGAUCAAAUUAUAUCUGAAUGGGGCAGCAACAAACACAACAGACAGAGCGUUAGCCACUAUUCUGACCAUCUUAUUCCUCAUUCAGGAAAAUAGGACCAAGGACAGCUUGUACAGGGAUAAGGUGCAAACUCCUAGAAGUUUAUAUAAAGUAACAGUACUAAGAAGCAUAGUUGAAUGCAUACUCCAC